AUAGGUGAGGAUAUUUGGAAAGCAUAUAGAGGUGAAAGUACGGAACAAAGGGAUUUGAUUUUCAGUCGGAGACAACCGCCACCGUUCCAGCUAAAAGCCAACAUGGGCGUUUUCUUAUCAAAUAACACCACACAAGUUUGUGACUUCAAGAUUCUCAAACAAAAUUCCUUCGGUCAAUCUUGGCUUGUUUGCAUCGGCGAAUCAGACACCGUCGUUGCCCAGAUAACACAUGAAGUGUUCACUUGGUUUAGCAGAAAGAAAUUCAUGGUAAAAGUGUAUCCGAACAUUGAUUAUGCAUUCAUAGUGGCGCUAACUGUGACUCUUGAAUACCACCUCAGCCAUAGUGACUUGGCAAAGUUCUCAAGCUAAGGAAAACCGCCGCUGUUUCUUCCCCUCAAUAAUUAGUGUGAAUUCGGUAUGGUGUCUACUCUGUUUCUUGAUUAUUGGAUGACAGCUAAUCAGCUAUAAUAUGGUUGUAAUUUGCCUCCUUUUUUAAUUUUAUUUUCUCAUCUUGUGUAUAUAGCUAGCUAGUGGAUACUCACUGAAUUCCUCUCA